UUCAUUUUCAUUAAAAAAAAAUAAUCGCAGAAAUUUACAAUAUACUUAAAGAAAAAAUAAAUAUAUUUCAAAUUAAAACAAGAAGUACCCACGCCCCUUUUAAAUGGGAGUAUUUGUAUCUUUAGUUAGAAGCGCUCAGUUGGAAAGCGGUAUGGACUAUGGGCAAGAUUAUCCUCUCGAAACUUUCUCUAUGAAUAGAGGUAACAAAUAUUCGUCCUCCGUGAGUAAAUUUAGAAAACACAAUUCAAACAACAUGAUUACAAGAGGAUCAAUGAUAGAUGGCAAUUGCGAGGGUUUCCAAAGACCUCCAAUGUAUCAUCGACCGCAAGAUAUAGAUACUUUGUGUCAACUAACCAAAUUUUCUAAAAAAGAAAUGAAAAUUUUAUAUCAAGGCUUCAAACAGCAAUGUCCAAAUGGAUCAUUGAAUUUUGACACAUUUAAGGAUAUAUAUGGACAAUUCUUUCCAGAAGGAAAUCCUAUUCAGUAUGCGCAUUAUAUUUUCAACACUUUUGAUAAAAAUCAUUCCGGAUGUGUAGCAUUUGAGGAUUUUGUAAAGGAACUAUCUCUUAUCUGUAAAGGAACUAUGGAAGAGAAAUUAAACUGGGCCUUUAAUCUAUAUGAUAUAAAUGGGGACGGAGUUAUCAGCAAAGAAGAAAUGACGAAAAUAGUAUUUUCAAUAUAUGAACUCUUGUAUAAUGUGAUAGAUGCCCAAGAGCCUAAAGAAAUUAAAAGGGCUCACCAUGAUUUGGAGGUGGUUGUUAAAACCCAUGUCGAUAGAAUAUUUAAAAAAAUGGAUAUAAACAGUGAUGGAUUCGUAUCAUCGGAAGAAUUUAUCAAAUCUUGUAUUAAUGAAGAAAACAUUAAAAAUAUCGCCUAUUUAGACACGAUUUUGAAGUUUUAAUAUUUGUUGUUGGCAAGACAUGAAAAGAUGAAUCGAUAAGGAAUAAAUUGAUUUUAUUGUUUUGUUAACGCGUUUGCAAGGAUACCUAGACCUACUCUAUAUAAAGCGAUCU